GGACAUAGUAUGGACCCUAACUAUACAAACAGCCUUCCUUGGGAUCAGGUGCACGGUACAGACCCGAAUUACGCAAACCGCUUUCCACCGGAUCAAAUAAUCAGUACGGCCUUGACUGCCAGCUAUUCCUAUCAACCUCCUAGUCAAGCGUCUCCCCAGCCUCCCAGUCAAGCGUCUCCCCAGCCUCCCAGUCAAGCGUCUCCCCAGCCUCCCAGUCAAGCGUUUUCUUUUUCUAAUACCCGCCCUCUCGACCAGAAUAGCAUUCGUUUGGGUGUAAAUGAACCGUUGAAUUACAGAUACGUUGAAAAUAAUGAAGAUCGAGUCAACUAUUUAACAAGAAAUCAUAAAUUGAAUAACCACAGGGAACCCUCCAUUCGUUGUCCUAUCUCUCAAACAUCGGGUCAAACACAAUCUACUACUACUACCUUUUCCAGCAGCGCAAGCAUGAUAACAAUCGCUACAA